UAGAAGAGGCUUCGCCCUCCAGCAGCCGAAAGGUAGCGGUGCAGCUAACUUCACUGCUAGCCAUGCCUGGGAAAUGUAAAUUCCAGGACUCCUGGCUCUCAAAGGUGAUUUACAAGGACUGGCUGGUGAAGGAACUCCAGGACAUUCACUUCGCCCGAUGCAGGGCGUGUUGUAAAUCCAUCAAACUUCAGACGAUGGGCGAGGCUGCUCUCACCAGCCACGCAGGGGGAGCUGGCCACAAAGCGGCGGUCCGCAAGCUGAGGGAAGCAGACGACGUGAUGCUGAUUAAUGCUGCUGGGCAGACGAACGGCAGCGUGAAGCGGACCGAGGACAGCAAGGAGCAAGUGGCCCUCUGCCUCCAGCGGGACACCUUGGACAGAAUAACGGGCAGCGACUGGUCCAAUCUGCCCCACAGCCCCACUGCGAACUCCACCUCCCACAAUGCAGAGCUCCAGGAUUUGACAUUUCCUGCUGCCUACUCGACGGCCCCAGGCACCUCCCAGGUCAUCAGCCAACGUCUGCACCCGACGGGCGGCGAGGCGGAGGGAGCGACCCGCCGCUCGCCUCGGCACCAGGACCACGCGGACCUGUCGCGACAGGAGCACCAGCAGAGGGCGGACGCUCUGGAGCAGCAGCAGCAGAUGAAGAUCCUGGAGUGGGAGAACAGGAUGAAGGUGCUGGCGUGGGAGCAGGAGCUGGUGAGGGAGAAAAGGAGAGCGGCGCGGCAGAAGGAGAAGGCCUUCAGGAUGAAGAAGUCCUACUACAAAGCCAAGCUAAAGAGGAUGGGCGAGGACGUGCCGCCGUCGUCCUCCAGCAGCAGCGACGAAGAGGCGAAAACGUACGGACCGUCGGGAUGAACUGCUCCCAUUGUCGCAUUUUUAUUAGUUCUUGUAUUCUCUUGUCGAUACGCCAUGAUAUUUUUAUACAUCGUCUUGUAUUUUAAUGCAAAAGGAGGAUUGUAAGUCGCUUUAAAUCAGCUGUUCUCACACAAAGAGGGAAGUUUACUUCUCUGGUUUGGUUGUUGCUGAAAGCACAAGUGACAUUACUUGGGUUGCAGACUAGAAGAAGAGUUACAUUAUUUAAAAUGGUCAAACUACCAAACGAUCCCUCUGCAACGCAACCAUCACCUUCUCUGUCCAAGUAAGGUUUAAUUAAACCAAACGAGUUAAGGACAACACUUCAUUUCAGAUGUGGUACUAAUAGACCUAUAAAAUCACAAUAUACCUGUUUUGUUUUAUCUGUCAUUCAUCAGUGUCUUCAGUAUUCAAAAUGAGAUGUUCAUUGGUUUUUAAGGUUGACGGUGUCUGUAAAGCCUUAUUCUAGGGAGGACGUACUUCAUUUUAAAGAAUGUAUUGAGAUUACAUCUAAUCACUGCAGAUGUAGAAAUUAAAUGAAAUUCCAAAAUGGACAAUCUUUUAUCAUGAUUUUACCUGCAUAGCUUCUUUUUGCAUGUUAACAUGAGUGUGUACGCUUAAACUUUAGUCUUUGCUUUAUAAGUAAAUUUGUAUUCGGCUCAAAGUAGGAGUCGACUACAGACGGGUGACAAAUUAAAGAGGGAAGAAAAAAAGAAUACAUGAGUGGAGAAACAUAUGCUGCAUGGCCAAGAGGACAGUUUGUGGACCACGUGCAUUAUUACGCUGCUAUUACAGCCUCUGCUGAUUUUGGGACUUGGCAGCAGAUCCCAUUGAGCCACAAGAGCAUUAACUGCUAUGUGCAUAUAGUAAUGUGCUGGAGCAGUUUCUGAGCGUUAAAGGUUGCCAGUGGGCAUAUUUUUUUUAAACUUUGGGCAGAGGCAGGCUAGCUGUUUCCCCCUGCCUCCAGUAGUUAUGCUAAGCUAAGCUAAUUGCCUCCUGGCUUCAAUGCAGAGACGAGUGGUUUAGAUAUUGUCGUCUAAAUCUCUGCAUAAAAGUAAAUAAACAAAAUAUCCCCUCGUCAUCCAUCUGUAUGUGUUAAAGCAAGCAUUUAUUUUGUAUUUUACAAAUUGUUAUAAGUUACGGUAAUUUAACAGGAGCACUGAUUUAUUGUUCAGCCCCUGCAGGUCUAAAUGAAAGUAAAUUUCGGGGGCUGCUUAUAUUCAGUCUCAGCUGAGUGAUUCUGUUUUUUGCUGGGAAUCAAAGUGUCAGCUGAACUUCUCCAACGCCUCUGAAUGUGAAACUUUGAGAGUCAAAACAAGUCGGAGAGAGAAGAGCCUCACUCACUCACACACA